AUGUCGUUUUCAGACGAAAGAAAAUUUCAUAUGAGCAGCACAGGAAGUGCUUUAAAUCCUCAAAAUCCUAUAGAAGAUCCAAGCUCAAAAGCCCGUACCCCUUCCCCAGGAAGAGAUUACACCCAACUCCUUAACGAAUCCCCUACAAAUAAAUUCUACCCCGAACUCAGUUCAGAAGAAGAAGACUACGCUGGAAAAUACAGUCAUAUCGCUACUGAUAAAGACGCUGAGGUAAAACAUACCUUAAAAUCUCUUGAAAACGAAGUCCAACAAAUGGGCAAAGAACUAGCCAAGCUGAGAACUGAAAGAAAUUACUUGCAUACUCAAUUGGAAAUUGUGAAAAAAGAAAAAGAAAUGCAUAUUGAAAAGCACGCAAAAGAAAAGGUUGCAUGGGAAAAAGAUUUUAGGGAACUUCAAGAUAGAGUUAGUUAUGAAAGAAAACAGUUCAGAGAAGAAACUUUGAAUAUUACAAAACAGCUGCAAGAGAUGCAGGAAAAUUACAAAGAGUUGAAAAUCAAAAAAGAGCAGCAAGCAGAAGCUUUUAAGAGAAAAUUAGAAGAAAAUGAACAAAUUUAUAUCCAGUCCCUAGCUCUUUUAUUUUUUUAUUUUUUUUUUUUUUAGUAUUUUUUUAUUAUCAUGGUUUUGUUUUAAUUUUUUAAUAUGGAGGAUAAGAGAAAAAGACAGCCAAUUGCUUGCGGCAAAAAUGAAAUGAGAUGAAGGUGCUAAGAUCCAAUCUCCGCUAGCGAGUCCUAAACCUGAAAAUCGGCAUAGGCAUGUAUGUUCAAGAGAGAGCAAAAAGAAAAGUUUAAAAAGAAGCUUAAGAUUGCCUUCUCCAAAACCUCCACGAGAAAGCCAAAAAAAUAAUUAUUUGGAUGAUAUAAGCCACAUGAUAUCUCUUUUUCUAUAAAUUAAUGCAAUAACCCUAAAAUUAGCUACUAUUUUUUUUAAAAAUAGAUAUCUAGCCCUAUUUUAUUAUUUUAGACUAAUUUAGCUUAGUAUAGUUACAUUGGAAAAAGAGCAAGCUGAGCUAAAACAGAAAAUAAAAGAACUAGAAUUCAAUGCCGCAUACGAAAGAGACAAGAAAAAAAUCUCUGAUUUAAUAAGAAGAAAUGAAGAGAGGCUUACUGAAGCUAAAGCUAUACAAGAAGAGAUGGUCAAAGAUAGCUUUAUGCUAAUGUUAAUGUUAAUGUUAAAGCUGAAUAUUAAAGUCUCUACUUCCAGUGGCGUGUUGGCACAAGCGAAUUGGGUGGACUUCCACCUCUGGUAACUCUGAGCCCAGGCCGAAACCCCUGGUUUCUCGGUAGUGGGUUGCCCUUUUUGUGUCCGUAGACAUCUGCUGAGCACCACCAUUUCCAAACUCAGUCCCUUCGCCCUUCAAGGCCAACUGUACCUACCCUGGCCGGUGUCGUUCAUUUAAUUUAGACCCUUUAACCGGAGGGACCGCCUUGUUCCACGUCUAGCCUGCCUCCCCUUUUACCAGGUCAUCCCUGAGUAAAAACUCAACCACUUCCGUGAUUCGGGGCAAAGCCAUCACGAGCAGCCUGAGCAGGGAAAUCACCCUGCUCCAUUUCGGGCACCCACUGGCUAGGGCGCUGCUGGAAAAAGGAUUCACGAUUAACUGCCCAAGGAUCAGGCCACAAAUCAGCGGGUCUGUGCUUAAGCCCGUCGCUUCUGGGCUCCUGAUGUUGCUGGGCUAUAUCAUUCCUCCUGAAAACCAUGCCCGGAUAUACAUGGGUUACCGUCACACGAGAGGACGGGUCGGACGUCAUACGCCAUUUUAUGUAUAUAAAGAUAGCUUUAUAAGUGGUGGAUUGUCCUAUAGAUAA